AUAGAUAUAGCUAUAAUAUAUGUCUAUCUUCCAUGUGUCAUUCUCUCUCUCUUAAACCUUUGUCUUUGCAGAUACAUAUCCAUUUUUGUCGUUGCAUGUUCUAUGUAGUGCAUCAAUCAGUAGAAGAUGCAACCGGUUUGGUUAUACCGGGAUGACCUCACAAGUCAAAUUUAAGAUAUUCAAUCCUUGUCCAAACAAUCACGGUAUUUGUCCUAAGUAACAUAAAUUCCUGCUAAUGAUUUGACUUUGCAGCAUGUCAUGUGAACACACACUGUCACAAAUAUGGGUCAUGUCUUUUGCGAUUACUAUCAUUUAUCAGGGAGUAAUGGAACAUUGUAUUGUAUAUAAAGGCUUCAUUCAAUUAAGCUUUUAGACAAAAAUUGCAACUCGUUAUUCUCUAGUAUAUUCCAUAGUGAUGUUAUUUCUAAAGAUUAGUUUGACUAUAGUCAUAGUCUUCUCCCUUGCAUCCUUAGCUUCAUAUGCUGAAACAAAGGUGGAUGUUGAAAUUGAAGCUUUGAAAGCUUUCAAAAACUCCAUCACCCAUGACCCAAAUGGGGCUCUUGCAGAUUGGGUUGACAGACACCCUCAUUGCAACUGGUCUGGCAUUGCAUGUGACUCAUCUUUAAAUCACGUCACUUCAAUUUCUCUGGUUAGUCUUCAGCUCCAAGGGGUGAUUUCACCAUUCCUUGGAAACAUUUCAGGCCUUCAGAUUCUUGAUUUAACUUCAAAUUCAUUCACUGGUCACAUUCCUCCUCAGCUAAGUUUUUGCACUCAACUUUCUCAACUAAUUUUUUUUGACAAUUCUCUCUCAGGCACAAUCCCACCUGAACUAGGAAACCUCAAAAAACUGCAGUACUUGGAUUUAGGUAAUAACGGCUUGAAUGGAAGCCUCCCUGACAGCAUAUUCAACUGCACUUCUUUGUUGGGUAUUGCUUUUAAUUCCAACAACCUCACUGGCAUAAUCCCAUCAAACAUAGGGAAUCUAGUUAAUGUUACACAGAUUGUAGGAUUUGGAAAUAACUUGGUGGGGUCUAUACCUCUUUCCAUAGGUCAGUUGGGAGCUUUGCAAUCUAUUGAUUUUAGCCAAAACAAGUUAUCAGGUGUAAUACCUCAAGAGAUUGGAAAUCUCACAAAUUUAGUAUACCUUCUAUUGUUUCAAAAUUCCAUGACUGGGAAAAUCCCUUCUGAGAUUGCCAAGUGUAGCCAACUUUUGCACCUUGAUUUAUAUAAAAAUGAGUUUAUUGGUAGUAUUCCUCCAGAGCUAGGAAGUUUAGUUCAGUUAGAGACAUUGAGGUUAUAUCACAAUAACUUGAAUUCCACGAUUCCAUCUUCCAUAUUCCAGUUGAAAUCACUAACACAUUUAGAACUCUCAGAGAAUAACUUAGAGGGAACAAUAUCUUCUGAGAUUGGAUAUCUGAGUUCCUUACAAUAUCUAACCCUGCAUGUAAAUAAGUUUACUGGGAAGAUCCCUUCAUCAAUAACAAAGCUGACAAACUUGACAUAUCUGUCAAUGAGCCAGAAUCUCCUUUCAGGUGAACUUCCUUCAAACUUGGGUGUGUUUCAAAAUUUGAAGUUUCUUGUUUUGAGCUCCAACUUUUUUCAUGGAUCCAUUCCCCCUAGCAUUGCCAAUUGUACUAGUCUGGUAAAUGUGAGUUUAUCUUUAAAUGCUUUAACUGGGAAAAUUCCUGAGGGAUUUUCAAGGAUGCCCAAUCUUACUUUCCUGUCUCUUGCAUCCAAUAAAAUGACGGGGGAAAUCCCAGAUGACCUCUACAACUGCUCAAAUCUUAGAAGUCUAAGUUUGGCAGAGAACAACUUCAGUGGAUUGAUAAAAUCUGGUAUCAAGAACCUGUCCAAACUCCUACGUUUGCUGCUGAAUGUGAAUUCUUUCAUGGGACCAAUUCCACCAGAGAUUGGAAACUUGAAUCAACUCAUCACUUUAUCACUUUCUGAGAAUAAGUUUUCAGGUCAAAUUCCACCUGAACUAUCCAAACUUUCUCUCCUUCAAGGGCUAUCUCUCCAUGAAAAUGAAUUAGAAGGAACCAUACCUGAUAAACUCUCGGAAUUACAACAACUAACCAAACUUUUGCUGCAUCAAAACAAGUUGGUUGGUCAAAUACCCGAUUCUAUCUCAAAGCUUGAGAUGCUUUCAUACUUAGACCUUCAUGGCAACAAACUUAAUGGGUCCAUUCCAAGGAGCAUGGGGAAGCUUAAUCAGCUUUUAGUCUUGGAUCUCUCUCACAACCAAUUCAUAGGAUCAAUUCCUGGAGAUGUCAUUGCAGACUUCAAAGAUAUGCAGAUGUAUCUUAACCUUUCUUACAACCACUUUGAUGGAGAUGUUCCAACUGAGUUGGGCAUGUUGGAAAUAGUACAAGCCAUUGAUAUUUCAAACAAUAAUCUUUCAGGUUUCAUUCCCAAAACACUUACUGAGUGCAGAAAUUUGUUCAAUCUUGAUUUUUCAGCAAACAAUAUUUCAGGUCCUAUUCCUGCAGAAGCUUUUAGUCACAUGAGCUUGAUUGAAAGCUUAAACCUCUCAAGAAAUCAUUUAGAAGGUGAAAUCCCUGCAAUAUUGGCAGAGCUUGAUCAUCUUAGUUCCCUUGAUCUUUCUCAGAAUGACUUGAAGGGAACUAUUCCUGAGGGCUUUGCCAAUCUUUCCAAUCUGGUACAUCUCAACCUUUCCUUCAAUCAACUUGAAGGUCCUGUACCUAAGACAGGAUUAUUUGCACACAUUAAUGCAUCUAGUAUGAUGGGAAACCAGGAUCUUUGUGGGGCAAAAUUCCUACAGCCAUGCAGAGAGACAAAACAUUCACUAUCCAAGAAGAGCAUAUCUAUUAUUGCUGCACUUGGAUCUUUCGCUAUACUUCUAUUUCUGGUGUUAGUGAUUCUAAUUCUCAAUCGAGGUACCAAACUCUGCAAAUCUAAAGAAUGUGACAUUGGUGUGAAUCAUGAACCAGACUACAGUUCAGCAUUAGCUCUUAAAAGGUUCAAUCCAAAAGACUUGGAAAAUGCCACAGGUUUUUUCAGUUCAGACAACAUCAUUGGCGCUAGCAGUUUGAGCACAGUUUACAAGGGUCAAUUUGAAGAUGGCCAAAUUGUAGCCAUAAAAAAAUUGAAUUUGAACCAAUUCUCUGCAAAUACUGACAAGAUCUUCAAGCGAGAAGCCAACACCUUAAGCCAGCUGAGACAUAGGAAUUUGGUCAAGGUACUUGGAUAUGCCUGGGAAAGUGGGAAAAUGAAGGCUUUAGUUCUAGAGUACAUGGAGAAUGGGAAUUUGGAUAGCAUCAUACAUGGCAAAGCGAUAGAUCAGCGUGUGACCUCUGAGUGGACAUUAUCUGAAAGACUCCGAGUUUUCAUUUCUAUUGCUAGUGGAUUGGAUUACUUGCACUCUGGUUAUGAUUUUCCCAUUGUACACUGUGAUUUAAAGCCUUCUAACAUUCUUUUGGACAGAGAGUGGGAAGCUCAUGUGAGUGAUUUUGGGACUGCUCGAAUACUUGGUCUUCAUCUGCAGGAUGGUAGUACCCUCAGCUCGUCAGCAGCUUUGCAAGGCACAAUUGGUUAUAUGGCACCAGAAUUUGCCUACAUGAGGAAAGUAACGACUAAAGCGGAUGUGUUCAGCUUUGGUAUCAUAGUAAUGGAGUUUCUAACAAAAAGAAGGCCAACAGGGCUAUCAGAAGAGGAUGGCUUGCCAAUCAGUUUGCAUGAAGUAGUGGCAAAAGCCCUUGCCAAUGGAAUGGAACAGCUUGUCACUAUUGUGGACCCUAUGUUGACCAGGAAUGUUACAAAAGACCAUGUUGAAGUAUUGGCAGAGCUCUUUAAGCUAUCCUUGUGUUGCACCCUCCCUGAUCCUGAACAUCGACCCAAUAUGAAUGAAGUGUUAUCUGCCCUUGUGAAGCUUCAAACAACAAGAUAGUGCUACUACCUUGUUAAAUGAAAAACACCACCAACCAAUCCUUGGAGCUGCUUUUUAUGAAGAAGAAAACUUAAAUGCUUCCCAAUUCAUUAUUGUUGUCUUUAACAAACAGCAAAGCCUUAUUUUACUCAUCUUAGUUCUCCAAUAAUGAUGAAAUGCGCACAGUAUUUUUGUAAUGAUUAAAUGCUUUUCUUAAUAUAUGGAAAUUAUCAGCAUUUCUUCAUAACAAUGUAAUAUAGCAUUGACUGUCCAUUACUGCAUCUUGUUCUUUUUCACUCCCCCUACAUUCUUGGGUUAGAUGCAAGUAUGCUUAUCAUUUAUUAAUAACACGGUGUAAACAAUGG